ACGAAAAUAAACAGACAAACAAACCGCAUAAUUCCCCAUCCGCAGUAACCCCUAAACCCUUCUCUCCGCCUCGCCAGGAUGCUCCGCCGCGCCGCCCCCUCCGCCGCCACGGCGCUCCUUCGCCGCGCCCUCUCCAACUCACCACGGCCACGCUCCUCCGCCGCGGCCACCGCAGUCGCGUCCUCCUCGGCCGUGAACUCCAUCCUCCUCCGCUCCCUCAAGGAGCACUACCUCGAGGUCUCCAAAAUGACGCCCCCGCCCAAGAUCAGCCCGCCCAAGCCCUACACCAUCGUCAAGGGCGCCCUGGACCAGACUUCGGGCCCCGUGCUCCGCCGCAGCUACGGCGAGGCCGGUGAGGAGAUCUCCAUCUCCGUCGCCAGGCUCUCCAACAUCAUGCCCCCCGGCGCCGACUCUGACUCCGACGGCUCCGACGGCGCAGGUGGGGUGAGCGGGUCAAUCAGCCAGCUCUUCCUCCACGUCGACAUCUCCAGGCCGGAGAGCAGCAAGUCGCUGCAGUUCCUCUGUGGAUUGUACCCCGACGCCGUCGGGAUCCAUUCCGUCUGCCUUCGGUCGAAGACGGCCGCGUCUGGUGCGGUGGCGGUGGCCGCGGCGGCGAAGGGCGGUGGCGAGUACCAGGGCCGCAUCUUCCAAGAGUUGGAUGAGAAGGUGCGUGAUGCAUUCCAUUUUUACAUUGAGGCCCGUGGCAUAAAUGAGAAGCUCUUCCCGUUUCUACAAGCGUGGCUCUAUGUGAAGGACCACCGCAACCUGAUACGCUGGUUUAAGAGUGUGGGUGCAGUCAUCAAUGAGCCAAAGCCCGAGUAAGAUGACAAGUAUGCCUCGCUCAAGAUCACCCGUAAGGCGACUGCGGAAGUUGUUGCCUGUUGGGAGAACCCAGAGGAUUGAGAGUAGUGCUAGUAGUAUAAAGUUGGCUUGGGUACAAGAUAGUGCCAUCAACUAAUUAAUAUAUAUUGCCUUGUCUUUAGUUUUGACUGUACCACUUCGGGCUUUGGAGGAUGCGUGAUAGUGCCACUGGAGGGCUUAAUUGCAUGUCGCUAGCCUCUGAUCCGCCGCCGUAUCACAUCCUGAGGUGGUUGGCAGGUUCUCAAUUAUUCCACGACCGUGGGUCAUACUUGUGCAUGGCAAUCAUGCAUCCUUUUGUGCAAAGGUGCGUGCAUUUCAGAUAAACAUUUUUCUUGCUUUCUCCGGCAUUGUGUGGGUAGUCUCAUCGAAUAGUGGCAAAUUUGACAAUUUUGACCUGUGGAUGAAAUCAUUUCACAAAAUAAACUCUCUUUAAAAGAAAUUCACUCA